CUUUGCUAAGAUAAGAGAGACUCACUCUCUCUCUUUUAAACCUUCUCUGCAAGAAAUCUUCUCUCUCUCUCUAGAAAAAAGUUGGAAGCUGACUCAAAAAAAGACUCUCUUUUUUCUUCUUCUUCUUCGUCUUUGUGCAAUUACGAAAUGGCGAUCGAGGAUCAAGAGAACACCAUCCGUGAAUUCAAGCCUAAGAACAGAAGAAUCAUGGGAGCUGGUGGACCGGAGGAGGAAGACAACAGGUGGCCUCCAUGGCUUAAACCUUUGCUUAAAGAGCAAUUCUUUGUUCAUUGCAAGUUUCAUGGAGACUCUCAUAAGAGUGAAUGCAAUAUGUAUUGCUUAGACUGUACCAAUGGCCCUCUUUGCUCUCUUUGUCUUGCUCAUCACAAGGAUCAUCGCACCAUUCAGAUAAGGAGAUCUUCUUAUCAUGAUGUUAUAAGGGUGAAUGAGAUACAAAAGUAUCUUGAUAUAGCUGGGAUCCAAACAUAUGUGAUUAAUAGUGCUAAAGUCGUCUUCUUGAAUGAGAGGCCUCAGCCUAGGCCAGGGAAAGGUGUAACCAAUACCUGCAAGGUUUGCUAUCGUAGCCUCGUCGAUGAUAGCUUCCGCUUCUGCUCUCUUGGUUGCAAGAUUGCUGGAACAACUAGAGGAUUCCAAAAGGGAAGAGAGAACCUUCUGAUGGAAACAGAUGAUUCAAGUAGCAGCAUUGGGAUUGGGAAGAACAUUACAAAUCUCCAGAGUUUUAGCCCAUCAACACCUCCACUUACUACAUCUAGCAACUGCAGAAUCGCCAAGCGAAGAAAGGGAAUACCUCAUCGAUCACCGAUGGGAUAAGAAUGCCAUUAAUGCCAGUUUCUUCAUCUAUAAGAUUUACACACAAAGGUAGCUAAUACAGAGACUUGUUGUCUCUGAUCUGUUCUCAUAUACCAAAGAAAUGAUCUUUUGCUUGUGUUAGCAUAGAAAAAAAAAAAGGCAUUAAGUUAGGUUUUGUCCUACUAAUAUGGGAAAAUAUGUGAAUACUGUAAUGUGCUUGUUUUGUAUAUUGUGAUGCAAAAAGGGUAGAAAGGGAAAUAUAGGGGUUUUAGUGGGAAUAAAAAACAAAAGUAGUUUUUGGUUUUUCAUUUUAUGUGUAUGCAUGGUGUAAAUUUGGUUGGUUAGGUGCAUACAUGGAUCUGGAAUAAUUAAUAAAUAAUGAGAUUUCCUACCUUUGUUUAUU